CUCCCCGUUUCCCCGGGCGCUGGGAGCCCGAGUCGGCGGGAAGAUGGCGGCGCCGCUCAUCCCCCUCUCCCAGCAGAUUCCCGGUGGGAAUCCGCUCUACGAGUCCUACUACAAGCAGGUGGACCCAGCCUACACCGGGAGAGUGGGGGCCAGCGAGGCCGCGCUUUUCCUCAAGAAGUCGGGGCUCUCCGACAUCACCCUUGGGAAGAUAUGGGACCUGGCCGACCCAGAAGGUAAAGGGUUCUUGGACAAACAGGGCUUCUACGUGGCCCUCAGGCUGGUGGCCUGCGCGCAGAGCGGCCACGAAGUCGCCCUGAGCAACCUGAGUCUCACCAUGCCGCCCCCCAAGUUUCACGACACCAGCAGCCCGCUGAUGGCCACGCCGCCGCCCGCCGACACCCACUGGGCCGUGAGGGUGGAGGAGAAGGCCAAGUUCGACGGCAUCUUUGAGAGUCUCCUGCCCAUCAACGGCCUGCUGUCGGGGGACAAGGUGAAGCCGGUGCUCAUGAACUCCAAGCUGCCGCUGGACGUGCUGGGCAGGGUCUGGGACCUCAGCGACAUCGACAAGGACGGCCACCUGGACCGGGACGAGUUUGCCGUGGCCAUGCACUUGGUGUACCGGGCGCUGGAGAAGGAGCCGGUGCCCUCCGCGCUGCCCCCCACCCUCAUCCCGCCCUCCAAGAGGAAGAAGGCCGUGUUCCCCGGCGCCGUGCCCGUGCUGCCCGCCAGCCCCCCGCCCAAGGACAGCCUGCGCUCCACGCCCUCCCACGGCAGCGUGAGCAGCCUCAACAGCGCGGGCAGCCUGUCCCCCAAGCACGGCGUCAAGCAGCCGCAGCCGGCCGUGGCCUGGGUGGUGCCCGUGGCGGACAAGCUGCGCUUCGACGAGGUCUUCCUGCAGACCGACCUGGACCUGGACGGCUAUGUGAGCGGCCACGAGGUGAAGGACAUCUUCAUGCACUCCGGCCUCACCCAGAGCCUGCUGGCGCACAUCUGGGCCCUGGCCGAUACGAGGCAAACGGGGAAGCUAAGCAAAGACCAAUUCGCGCUCGCUAUGUAUUUCAUUCAGCAGAAGGUCAGCAAGGGCGUGGACCCGCCGCAGGUCCUCUCGCCGGACAUGGUCCCGCCCUCGGAGAGAGGCGCGCCCCUGCCGGACAGCUCCAGCUCGCUGGGCCCCGGGGAGUUCACGGGAGUGAAGGAGCUGGACGACAUCAGCCAGGAGAUCGCCCAGCUGCAGAGGGAGAAGUUCUCCCUGGAACAGGACAUUCGGGAGAAGGAGGAGGCGAUCCGACAGAAAACCAGUGAAGUCCAGGAACUCCAGAACGACCUGGACAGGGAGACAAGCAGCCUGCAGGAGCUGGAGGCGCAGAAGCAGGAUGCGCAGGACCGCCUGGAUGAGAUGGACCAGCAGAAGGCCAAGCUCCGAGACAUGCUGAGCGACGUCAGGCAGAAGUGCCAGGACGAGACCCAGAUGAUCUCAUCGCUGAAAACGCAAAUCCAGUCUCAGGAGUCGGACCUGAGGAGCCAGGAGGAGGACCUGAGCCGCGCCCGGGCAGAGCUCACGCGCCUGCAGCAGGAGGAGACGCAGCUGGAGCAGAGCGUGCAGGCCGGGCGCGCGCAGCUGGACACCAUCAUCAAGUCCCUCCAGUCCACGCAGGACGAAAUCAGCCAGGCCCGGAGCGCGCUGGCACAGCUGCAGGAGAGCCGCGCGGAGGCGCCGCGUGGCGUGGCGCGGCGCGAGCGGGCGCUGGACGGCGCGGGCCCGGCCGCCCCGGCUGACGGCGGUGGAUUUGGAGCCAUGGACGAUCCUUUCAAGAGCAAAGCCCUGCUGUUCAGCGGCAGCGCGCAGGAGCUGCCAGCCGACCCCUUCCAGGCCGACGACCCCUUCCAGACCGACCCCUUCAAGGGAGCCGACCCCUUCAAAGGCGACCCGUUCCAGAACGAUCCAUUUGUGGAGCAGCAGACAGCGAUCACAGAUCCCUUCGGCGGGGACCCUUUCCGAGAGAGCGACCCCUUCCGCGGCCCUGUCCCCGACCCCUUCUCCAAGAAGCAGCCGCGGAGCGACCCGUUCGCCGCCGACCCCUUCGCCAAGACCCCCGGCGCGCCCACCUCGCUCGACCCAUUCGAGGCCAGUGAGCCCUUCGCGUCGUCCGGCGUGCCGAAAGCAUCAGAUCCCUUUGGGACACUGGACCCCUUUGGGAGCGGGGCGUUCGGCAGCGCCGAGGGCUUCGCUGACUUCAGCCAGAUGUCCAAGCCCCCCCCUGGGCCUUUCCCCGCGUCCGUGGGAGGCGCGGCGUUCUCAGACGACCCCUUUCACGGUGCGCAGCACACGCCGGCUCUGCCGCCCAAGAAGCCCGCUCCGCCUCGGCCCAAGCCGCCCAGCGGUAAAAGCACCCCCGUGAGCCAGCCCGGCUCCGCGGAGCCCCCGCCCCCCGAGCCCCUCCAGCCGCGGGGGGCCCGCGCCGGCGACCCGCUCCAAAAUAGAGAGGGGCUGGGGGAGCCGCUUAGCGGAACAGACCCCCUUGUCCCCUCCGCUAAGGCCGCUUCCGCCGGCUUUGCCGACUUCACCUCUUUCUGCAAUGAGGAGCAGCAGCUGGCCUGGGCCAAGCGGGAGAGCGCCAAGGCGGAGCAGGAGCGGCUGGCGCGGCUGCGGCGGCAGGAGCAGGAGGACCUGGAGCUGGCCAUCGCGCUCAGCAAGGCCGACAUGCCCGCCUAGCACGCGCACGCGCACGCGCACGCGCACUCCUUGUACAAAAUGAAGUUUGAAUGAUUAAUAUAAUAUUUUAAUACAAAA